UGGGCGGUGAAGCUAAUGUGACGUAUUUAACUUUCGAUGGACUCAUGGAAUUGCACAAGUACAGGUAUCUUUACUUUGUGAGCAUACUCACUGUGUAUAUUUUGAUAAUCUGGGUAAUUCUACCAUUGUGUACCUGAUCUGGAUGCACAGAAACCUCCACAAGCCCAUGUAUGUUUUCAUUGCAGCGUUGCUCGUGAACUCUGUCGUUUUCAGCACCGCCAUGUACCCUAAGCUGCUGGUCGACUUUUUACUUGAAAAACAGACCAUCACAUAUUCAGCAUGUCUCUUUCAGUUUUUUUUGUUUUACUCAGUCGGGGGUUCUGAAUUCUUUCUGUUGGCAGCCAUGGCCUAUGACAGGUAUGUGUCUAUAUGCAAACCUCUGAAAUACCCGACUCUCAUGGGAAGAACCACCAUUAGAGUUUUGCUGGGCUUAGCCUGGUUUGUUCCUGCUCUUCAGCUCGCUGUCUCAGUAAUCCUGAGCUCUGAAAGAAAACUCUGCAAACUGACUCUGAAUGGCAUUUUCUGCAACAAUGCAAUUUACAGUCUGCACUGUGUGAGAUCCAGCAUUCACUCUGUAAUUGGUGUCGUUUGCCUGGUAAACAUUGUGCUUUUCCCUCUGCUGUUCAUACUGUUCACCUACACCAGAAUACUGAUAAUAUCCUCCCGCAGCAGCAGGGAAGUCAGGCAGAAAGCUGCACAGACCUGUCUACCUCACCUGCUGGUUCUAAUCAGCUUCUCCUGUUUGUGCUCGUACGACGUCGUCGCAGUUCGACUGGGAUCAGAUUUUCCAAAAACCGUACGUUUGAUCAUGACUUUACAGGUGAUUUUGUAUCAUCCUCUGUUCAAUCCAAUUAUUUAUGGAGUGAAAAUGAAAGAAAUCUCUAAACACCUGAGAAAGUUGCUUUGUCAGGGCAAAGUCACAAGUUGAGUUUGUUUGCAAUAAA